AUGAAAGAGAAAGGCGAAGGAGAAGAAGCUGAAGAGCGAGAAGUACAAGAAGCAAUGCGUCAAAACAGACAUAACAACCGAGUAAGACAAGCUAGGUUGAAAAGGCCAAUGCAUCAGGAUACAGAUCAAAUCAUGAACAAAAAAAUCUUAAGAGAAUUAGCGGAAGUUAGAGUGAUGAUGACAACGAGAAGAGAUGGAGGUAGGCGACAAUUGGAUGAAGCUAUAGAAGAGGUGGGGAAAACACCAUUCACAAGGAAUAUCCAAAUAGCGGGGAUACCAGUUAAAUGUGUUAUGCCAGUAUUCACCAAUAUUUUCGAUGGGACCACAUGUGCAGUGCAACACAUAAAAGCUUAUAGAAGGUUUUUAUUGCAGUGGGAAAAUAAUGAUGCAGUAUUAUGUAAAUAUUUUCAUGCGAGUCUAACAGGAGAAGCUUUGAAGUGGUUUGAAGGCCUACCCAUGGAAACAAUAAGAUCAUUCAAUCAUCUACAGACUAUAUUCUUGGGAGCACAUAUCGGUAACAACGUGCUACGUCCAGGAAUAAAGAAGGUGUUUAGCCUGCGAAGAAGAACCAAUGAGAGCUUGCAAAGCUUAACCACGCAUUGGAGAACCAUGUAUAGCGAAAUGGCUAGAAGAGUAGACGAGGAAAAUCUCAUACUAGCUUUUAUUAAGGCACUUUUUCCUACAGACUUGUUGUAUACGCAUAUAUUCACAAUCAAAGAUACCAUAUCUAUGCCAGAGCUACGCGAGUACCAACAAGAGUACACCGCUCUUGAAUAA